ACAUCGGUAUGAAAUGGCAGAAACUGCUUGUGUCACGGACACAAAGAUUAGGCUACGUAGUACACAUGUAUUUUGCAGAUCCAGGCCUGCCAGUGGAAGGAAACGCAGUGUAUUCAGAGGUUGUCCUACUAAGGAGAAAAUAAAUAAGAUCUUCAAAUAUUCUGCUGUAUAUUUCAACGGAAGACCAGAUUCCGCGGUUUGACAGUUUUGGAAUUUCUAACCCGUUCUUUUGGAGUGGGUUUCUUCUCCCUCUGUCUUAGGUCUUGAGACAGAACUUCCACUUGGAUGCCCAAAACACACACUUUUGUCCAGAUUUCAUCAUGAAUCGGAAUAAGCGUGAAAAGGAGUAUUACAGUUUAGACGUCGGGGAUUCCACUUUUACGGUUUUGAAGCGCUACCAGAAUUUAAGACCCAUAGGCUCCGGAGCACAGGGAAUUGUCUGCUCAGCAUAUGACCACAACCUUGAGCGAAAUGUUGCAAUAAAAAAACUCAGCCGACCUUUCCAGAACCAGACCCAUGCCAAAAGAGCUUACAGAGAACUGGUGCUCAUGAAAUGUGUCAACCAUAAGAACAUUAUCGGCCUAUUAAAUGUAUUCACGCCACAGAAGACGCUGGAAGAAUUUCAAGAUGUGUAUAUUGUGAUGGAGCUAAUGGAUGCCAACCUGUGCCAGGUGAUUCAGAUGGAGCUGGACCACGAGCGGCUGUCCUAUCUGCUCUACCAGAUGCUGUGUGGCAUCAAGCACCUUCACGCCGCGGGCAUCAUACACAGGGAUCUGAAACCCAGCAACAUUGUGGUAAAGUCAGACUGCACACUGAAGAUCCUGGACUUUGGAUUGGCCAGGACAGCGGCCACGGGCCUCCUGAUGACCCCGUAUGUGGUGACCCGCUACUACCGCGCCCCCGAAGUCAUCUUGGGCAUGGGUUACCAGGCCAACGUUGAUGUCUGGUCUAUUGGCUGCAUCAUGGCAGAAAUGGUCCGAGGUAGUGUGUUGUUCCCAGGCACAGAUCAUAUUGAUCAGUGGAACAAGGUGAUCGAGCAGCUAGGGACUCCAAGUCAGGAGUUCCUGAUGAAGCUAAACCAGUCGGUGAGGACUUACGUGGAGAACAGACCCCGCUUCGCCGGCUAUACCUUCGAGAAGCUCUUCCCCGACGUCCUCUUCCCAGCCGACUCGGAGCACAACAAACUGAAAGCAAGUCAAGCCAGAGACCUAUUAUCAAAGAUGCUGGUAAUAGAUGCAUCCAAACGGAUCUCUGUGAGCGAGGCUCUCCAGCACCCCUACAUCAACGUGUGGUAUGAUCCAACUGAAGUGGAGGCGCCCCCACCGCUGAUCACAGACAAGCAGCUGGAUGAGCGGGAGCACACGGUGGAGGAGUGGAAAGAUUUGAUAUACAUUGAGGUCCAGGACUGGGAGGAGAGAACAAAGAAUGGAGUGAUCCGGGGACAGCCAGCGUCUUUAGGUGCAGCAGUGAGCAGCAGCUUCCAGCAGCACCCUUCCGCGUCCUCCAUGUCCACCGACCCCACCCUGGCCUCAGACACGGACAGCAGCCUGGAGACGGCCUCUAACACGGACCCGCGGGGCUGCUGCAGAUGACCAUCACCAUGCCCUGGUCCCUGUCCCACCAGUCCCUCCGCUUGUCUUCAAUGGUGUGGAGUUUAGGCCAGUUUCGAUAUUUGUUUGUUAAAAAGAAAACUGAUUUUUUUCCCUUAAAGUACUACUACAGAGUCAUUUUUAUUACAUUUUAUUACUAUUUUUUAGUCCAGGCUGUAAUAUCAUUUUUAUUUUAUUUUAUUUUACUAAGAACUUUAUUUUUUCUCACUACGCUGCAGUUUUGGCUGAUGGGGAUAUUUUGAGAACAUCUGUAAAAGCUUUUUACAUGCUUUUAUUUUGUUUCUUUGAUUUUAGUGUCAUCUACUUUUAUUUCAAGCUACUGCUGUUUCAACUGACCAUAUCGAUGUGGAAUGAGUUUGUACAGAUUUUAUGGUGAAUAUAUCUUUUUAAAUUUUAGUUUGCAGUGAGCCAUUCUAACCAUCAUUUAAUUGAUACAUUUAUGAUUUUAGUACUCCCCUUCCGAAUAGUAAUAUUACUUUGUCUAUUCUAAUCUCUUUCAUAUGGAAUAUUGUUUAAUGCAUAUAUCCAUUGGGUUAGAUUUUGAAAUAUACUUUAGAUUUAUUUGUAUAAAAAGAACUGUUUUCCUCUUGUGGGUCACUACCUCCUUGUAAAAAAAAAAAAAGAAAGAAAAAAAAGAAGAAGAAAUCCUUUAUCAAACCACUUUCUUUUUGUUUAGUCUUAAAAUAUCUCAAAAUGCUGUUAGAUUCCUGAACCAUUUUCUCUUUUGGUAAGAGAAGACAGUGUUACUUUUUUGUUGUUGAAUUUUUGUCUGAAUUUUAUUUUCCGAUUUUAUGGGUGUUCCAGUGUAUGACGGAAAUGGCGCAGAUAGGUCCAGAAAGGAAACUAAGGAGCUUUUGAUAAUUGUCUUUAUUUGUCAGUGCUGAAGGCACUGCUUCCUCUGCACUGACAAGUUAUUCUACAGUGAUUAUUUUCUACAGGUUUACUCUUUCUUUGACAGUGGGGCUAUGUUGAACGCUAGGACUGAGAAAUAUGGUUGUACUGUACAGGUGUAUGCUGAGGAGCUUUGUAAGAAAAGGAUGUUACUAGUUAGAACACAUGACUUGAGACGGUUGAAGGUAUAUGAAGAAUGUGUUUGGAUUGAGUCCAAAACAGGGAUGUAGAGAGGGCUUGUGUUUGUGGUGAUGUUGGUUGUCUUUGGAGGGAUGGACAUUCUGCAGGCUUCAAGCGCAGAAACAAACUAUUUAAAGAAACAAGGUUCCUAAUCUGAUCUCAUGUUAUUUAUGUAAUAUAAGUGUACCGUCAGCUUGCAGUGUAUUGAACAUUUCAAAUUGGAAAAUGAGUGUACGAAAUGUAAGUAAUAAGCAGGAUCUCAGAGAAGAUAAUUGGCUGAACCCUUUGCAGAACUUGUAUGCAUGUGUGCACUAAAUCAAUUUCACCCUAUGCUUAGUACAUCACACAAUAGCUACAGAACCACCUCCAAAACCCAAGUGAAUCAAUGAUUCUGAACUGUAUGCAAUAAUGGUGUCCUUCCAGUGUUUUUCUUUAUUUAUUUGGCUUUUAAAAGGAAAAAGUGCCUGUAGUUUGUCAAGCAUUCAUUCCUGAGUAUCUAGGAAGAGGAUGAGGAGUCAUGGUGUUUCGAGGUUAAUAACGGUUCCUGAUAAUGACUAUAGUAGUUUCCACAAGUAAGUCAAUCACAUUUGAGGCGGUUAUCAUAAAUGUUUUGUAAAUUUUUCUACGGCAUUGGUAAGUCUCCAACUUUAGGGUCAAUGUUCUGUAAAGAGAAUGAUGUUUGCUUCAGAAUAUUUUAGCUCAUACGUUUGAAAUUAUUUAAAAAAGUGGCAGUUCUAUCAAAGUAGGUCUUUCAUCAAAGUAAAAUACUUUUAAAAAAAUAACACUGAAUGGUAGGCGUGUAUGGUUUGCGGCUCCACUUUGCAUAAUGAGAAUGUGCUUGAUGAUUUUAGGAGAGAAAUUAUCAUACUGUUUUGCCUAAUUUCCUCAAUAUUAAACCACAUUUAUUUGCGCUGAAUGGUAACUGUGGCAGUGUAGCUGUUAUGCGGUGGCGUUGAAGAAUGCCUGUGCUAAAUUAUGGAGUUGUUUCAGAACGUAAAAUGCCAUGUAGUGGAUCAUUUGGGAACAUGACGUGUUGUUGAUUGGUCGAAGGGGAAGGUAUGCAGAAUAACAGCCAAUCAUAUGUAUCCAUUAUUAUAGUACCUGUGUUAUAAUUCAUAAUUAUAAUAACUUUUUUGUUAUUUUAAGUGCUCUUAUGUUUCUUAACCCAGCAUUAUUAGGGAUACAUUCGGAAUUGUUUGACUUUCUGUGGCUUUUUGCUUUUGUAUCACAUCUCUCAAUUGUAAUCGUGAUUUUAAGUAGGCUUUGAUGAACUACCUCACACUAAAUUUCUACAAGUUCUUGGAUACUUAGUUGCCCACAUGAUUAGCUAUCGAAGACGUGUGAAUACAGAUUCCGUUAUUUAUUUAUUUGAAAGUGUACUAUUGUCAAUGUUAGGAAACUUCUAGUUGUAUACGGUGUGUACUUCACCUAGAAGUAAAGAGAAUUGUUUAUGUAAAUGUCAUUCCCCCCCUCUCUUUCCCUCUUUUAGUUUUUACAGUUCAUGUGCAAUACCUUCUGCAAAUUAUGCUAGUAGUGAACUAAGUGAUGGAUCUAGCCCAUGUUAGUUUGUAUGUUUCUGAAGGUAGAGAAAUGUUUGGUACUGUCAAUCCAUGUUUUCCUUUUUUAUGAAUUAGGAUGAUUCUUUGUGACUUUAAUCUACGAUGUUAUGUAAUCAGUCCUAUACCAGUCCUUAAAAUAUUUGGCCAGAGGGAGCAGUGAGAGGGGGUUACAUCAUGCAUGGCCAAUAGAUUUUGAUUGGGGUAAGGCCAAAUAAUUAUAAAGAAAAUUUAAAAAGAUGACAAGUAAUGGCUAAAAACAAACUCGUGUAUAUAUAUAUAUAUAUGGUGCUGGUUUGUUAUGCAACUAGUUAAACAUUUCUGGCUCUGUGCAUCCUGACCGCAGCCAAUGAAAAGUGCACUACUAUAAUAAAUACACUGGGAUCUGAUGAUGCCAACUUAAAAACAAACAUGUACUGCAAAUAAAAGAAACAACAUUUGACUCA